GCGUUUCCCGGCGUGCGUCGUUUUUGCGCUUUCGAAUCGUGACAAAGCAACAGCUGUACGACUCCACCGGUGAGGAUUGUUCGAACGUGCGUCUCAAGUCAUGAAACUCGCAAGUGUGAACGCUGUGGAUAACGCGCUAAAGGAUUGCACGAACGAAGCAGCGAGGAUUUACGGCAGAACGUGGCGGUAACGGCAAAACGAAAGCCCCCUAGGAUGUGAUUGGUUCAAAGGAAAGAAACUCCCCCGACUGCUGUUUUUCACGUCAGAAAACCAGCUUUUCCUCUUUUGCGAGUCUCGUGUGUUUCGACGAAGUCGUCAACCGCCUACGACAAUUUAAUUCACUCGAUCGACUUUGUCGAUAAGUUCAUUGUUUCCUAUCCCGAUUGUUCAGCGCAACCAUUUUGUUAUACCGGUGCAUUAGAUACGCAGUUGGCCAAUAUUGUGUUGCAGACGACGACAAAAAAAUAAGCAGACGACAAAUUGAUAUCACGACCGCCGAGCGCGCGGUCUUCUGGGAGUUGGAGGGGAAUUUCUUGUGACCGGAAGCUAUCAGGGAACGCUCGUUUCUUGGAUUUCUGCGACUGCUCGUGCCAUUUGUGAGUGAGUGAGUGUACGUGCUUAACGUCAUAGCGACAGCUAACCACCUGUACCUAUUGCAACGUCUGCUUGUGUUUGGUUGCUUCUGCGCUUCGCUGAGGACUUGGCCUAGAACUUCCGGCACGAUAACAGCGCAGUGUACUGCUGACUGGAUGACCACGUCGUCACGUGAUAUGGUUGGAAGACAACUCUCCUAAAGCGUGUCCUCAAACAGACCGUGGAAUACUGCGAGGCGUCGCUUCCCUAGCACACGAUCUCCGGCUUCACAUGGGUACGCGAAAUUAGCUGAGGUCAUCUUUGUUCCUUGGAACGCAGCUACCAGGAACCUCAUGGCUUCUUCUCUACUCCGAGGCGGUCCAUUGCGGUCGGCGCUCUGGCCUUAGCCCACCGCGCCGACGGAAGAUGGGUGCAUGCCCCAACAGCGCCAGUUGACCGAUGUUCCUCGAGCGCAGUGGCGCGACUCCCUGGGCAGCGCCAUGGGCAGCCGCCUGGACCAACGCUACCAACGCCAGCGCCGCAAACGACACCCUGGACGCGAUGGAACAAGAACCGCCCUACUCCCUCGCCGAGGUCAUCCUCAUUGCCAGCCUGGCCGCUCUCCUCAGCGUUCUCACCGUCAUCGGCAACCUGAUGGUGAUGAUCUCCUUCAAGUUGGACAAGCAACUUCAGACCAUCAGCAACUACUUCUUGUUAAGCCUCGCCAUCGCCGACUUUUCCAUCGGUGUCAUAUCCAUGCCCCUGUUUACUAUGUACACAUUGUACCAAAGAUGGCAUCUAGGAACCUUCGUUUGCGAUACGUGGUUAGCAUUCGAUUAUCUGACCAGCAACGCGUCUGUGCUCAACUUGCUCAUUAUCAGUUUCGACCGUUACUUUUCUGUGACGCGUCCUUUGACGUACCGUGCUCGACGGACAACGCGUCGAGCAGCCAUCAUGAUUGCGAGCGCGUGGGUUAUUUCACUCGUUCUGUGGCCUCCGUGGAUCUACUCCUGGCCAUACAUCGAAGGCCAGCGCAGUGUUCCCGUGGACCAGUGCUACAUUCAGUUCCUGGAGACAAACAUUUACGUGACGUUCGGCACAGCACUUGCCGCCUUUUAUGUUCCGGUAACGGUGAUGUGUAUUUUAUACUGGCGCAUCUGGCGCGAAACAGAAAAACGCCAGAAGGACCUGACCCACCUGCAGGCGGGCCGAAAGGACGGCAGCCGCAAGUCCACCUCCAGCGACGAUCCGGCCGAAUCUGAGGACUUUCGCCGAGGACGCAGCGACUCUUGCGUGGUGCCCGAUGACGCGAUCGAGACAACGUACGUGCCCACGUCGUUAUGCGUAGAAACGGACAAGUAUCUUCCCGCUGGGCCGCCCCGCAAACGUCGUCUGCGUGAGGUGAUCCUCGCCUGGUGCCGCAUCGACAACGACAAGGAGGACGACGACAGCACGAGCCACGGUGGCUCGCCUGGAGCCCAAACGCCAGCGUCUGUCGAGACGCCCGUGCAGUCCGCUUCCAUGACCUUUCGAGCCGACGUGUCACUCCAACCGUCGCGCCCGGUCAACAUCCCAAUGACGGACCGCAACGGGCUGCGUCGCGCCGCGGGGCAACCAGAACGGCCUUCUACGUCGCGCUCGUACUCCGCCGACUCUGUGUACACUAUUCUCAUCCGGCUUCCUACACAACCUUCUCUUGAGGGUGAAGCGUCACAGGCUUCCAUCAAAAUGAUCCUCGAGGAGGACGACGCCGGAGGUGGCGCGCGCGUCGCUCCAGGGGACGCUUCAGGCCUGGACACCAUUCGGAUCCCGCUUAACACCAAGCUGGUCCAUCGGCAAGUUGCCCGCCAGAGGGCACCGAAGAAGAAACGAAAGCAACAGGAACGUAAGCAAGAGAAAAAAGCAGCAAAGACUUUGAGCGCCAUACUGCUUGCUUUUAUCGUCACUUGGACACCGUACAACGUACUCGUGCUCAUCAAAACGUUGUCACCGUGCGAAGAUUGCAUACCGAUGGGACUAUGGAACUUUGCUUACUAUCUGUGCUACAUCAAUAGCACGGUGAAUCCACUAUGCUACGCACUGUGCAACGCAAAUUUUCGCAGAACUUACAUGCGGAUCUUAUCAUGCAAGUGGCACAACAAGCAGCGCUCCAUGAAUCGAGGCUACUUCAGCUGAACAUAUGCAAUUGUGCGUCAACGCAAGCAACGCUCUUGUAAAUGUAGUUCGACGGGGCGUCGUGCUUGUGGGUAGGGUUGCCGACAGUGUUGUCCAGUUAUUGUGUCCACUUAGAGAUACGGCCUGGAAACGAGAGGGGACCUUGACUUCGCUGAAAAGUACAACGAAAUUUCCACACGGAACGCUCGGCGUACACUUGUAGCACGACCUAUGCAAAUUACUUUAAUGAAGCCAUUCUAAAGGCAAGCGCCACGACACUGCAUGCAGUAUGUUCGUGGUGUUCAUCAUCAGAAGUAGAUCAUUAAACAAUCACUUAGAUUAGGACUUCAUUGUAACAUCUCGAAUACGGUACUCGGAUGCCCCACGCUUGGGCUUUCUUGGGCUAUACGUUGGGCGUCCUUAGACACCAUUAUUCCUAAUGGAACGAGUUCUGAAUUCUUCCCAGAUACUCCGAGCGCAGCACAAAACUUCAUUGCGACUAGAGUGCCCAGCCAUUCUGCGUAUUUAGACAUUUUGUAUCAGCUUGACGAGCAUGUGCCGAUUACUGAUACCAAUAACCAUUUCCUGUUCAGUUCACGGUAGUUCCAGGUUGUACUGCGAACGUAAAUGUAGUGGUCGCGAUAGUUGUAGCAUGAUAACGAGAGCUGCCACGCUGGAUUGAUGACUGGUGAUUGUGACACUUAACAUCCCUAUUCGCUUUAAACGAUGUUGUUCCGAGUAAUGCUGACUACUUCCUUGUCAGUCUUCCCGAGUUCCCUGAUUUCCAAACAAAACGGUUCACAACCUUGGCAAUCCUACAGACAGUUACGGCUCUGGCCCCGUCGAUGUCAUAGGCUAACAGACGACUGCAACGCAUCCCUUACAGUCAUCUGAAGACGGCUUCCUCUGGUACUGGAUGUGUUGCAGGCACAGCUUCUUGCCCUUGUAGAAACACGCAUGGCGAACUAUAGGGAAAGCGUGUGAUGUUUCUAUGUCUUGUGUACAGAUUACAGAAACUCUUGUUCAGUGUCAUUGCUCCGACUGGCGUGUCUGAUCAGCAUUGAGUAACUUUGGCUGUUGAUUGGUCGAGAACAGGACAGGACACGCCGUUUCUCGGCAACUAUUGGACGUUUCUCGCACUUUUUUUUCUUCUAGACUUCAAUCGCUGGGCCCCAUAAUGAGGGCAGCAAGCAAUUCUCUAAGAACGCAGCCGUGGUGAGUUCAAGAGCGGCACGUUGGGUCCUCCGAAUGAUCACGUAUAAGAGCCAGCCCAUCAUGGCGUUCUUGCACAACCUCGUUUAUCUAUAAACGCACGCAGAACCAGGCUAUCCCGUUAUGGGAAGUCUUUUUAAUUUAAAUCGUAAGCGUAGAGACAUACAUGUCAAAGCAACUGACAGCUCGUGCCAAUUAUACACGAACAGCGCCUAAUUUUCGAGGUGCUUUCAUUUUUCUAUAGGAGACAUACUUUGACUCAAGGUGCCUGUGUCUUCACCCUGUCGUGCUUCUUGACGUCUUUCUGAAAGAAGUGCUCGCACAUAGCACGUUAGACAUGUAAUAAGUUCUGCACGGCUAUGGAAGAGGUCAGCCCUUGUGGUGAACUCCACAAGGGCCCAAUUUACAAGGAUCACUAUCUCGCGCCGCUCGUUACUCUCCUUCACCACAUAACGCGCUCAAGGUCAACCCACGGAACGAUACCGCUAUCGCUAAUGGCACGAGCAGAAAGCUGUCUUUCUGUGACCCUUAAAGGGGCACUAAAGUGCAAACACAGCCGAGUGACAACACAAAAGUAACGGGAGUUGUCAGUUGCGUCGUCCGCGAUUUAUGCGCCACCAAGACCGCAAUUUACGCUUUCGAUCUUGUCCCCUUCUCAAGGAGGGCAACAUUGGGAGACGGUACCCCCAUUGGUCACCUCAAACGAUUUGCCCAAUCAUCGCGGGAGAUUGUUUGAAGGGACCAAUGACAGGCUGCGGAAGUGUAAAUUCGCCAAGGUAACGCCAUCUUUAGUAUACCGCGAGGGUAAAUUUAUGCAAGGUGUCGCAAAGCGGUGUAUGCCUCCUACAACCUUAAAAACAGAUGAAAUUGUCAAUGACACGCCCAAAAGCAACCGUCAUUCAGAAUUAUACUGUUCUCUUUCUUUCUCGUUUUUGUGUUAAUUUCGAUGCGUGCUAACUGAUGUACACUCUUAAAAAUGGCGUACGGCCCCCGUUUUCAGCAAAUCAGGGGAAAGAACGAUGUCACCUGGGAGAUUAUGGUUGGCUAGGAGCGUGAUAUCUGGUGAAGCUCUGUUUGGCCUCUGGGUAUUCCUCAGACGCUUUCAGACAUAUGUCGGCAUAGUUCCCUUAGAAGUUGGCCCAGGACGCAGAUUCCCCUAGGGCGUCAGUCGUAACGUUGCCCACCUCUGUGAGGCCGACAACGGCGAGCCCUUUCAUCAUCACCACCACCACCACAACCUGUUUUUUAGGGUGCACUCUUAAAACAGAACUUCACCACAUAACACCAUUAAGGACACUCAGGGCCAACCAUUGCACAGAUUUGUGUGGUUAUCACUUCUGAUUUGUAGAAAGCGCGGGGCGUACGCCUUUUCGCGACAGCUAGAACAUAACUCCAUAAGUGUCACAAAAAGGCGUACGCCUCCAGUUUUCAACAAAUCAUGGGCGAGAAUGAUGUCAUUCGGGAUUAUGAUUGGAAGGGAAUGUGUUCUGCGCGCCGAAGUUCUGCCUUAAGAAUAUGACGGUCAUGCAAAGGAGUAGACCCACGCCCUUGAAAAGGAGUUUCACCACAUAGCACGCUCCUAGCCAACCAUCAUCCCGAAUGCCAGCGUUCUCGCCCCUGAUUUGUUGAAAACGGGAGGCGGAGCCUGUUUUGUACCCUUCCGUUUUCAACAAAUCAGGGGCGAGCACGUUGUCAUUCGGUAUGAUGGUUGGCUAGGAGAGUGCUAUGUGGUGGAGCUUACGGCUGGUGGCCGGUGGUGGCAAGCCGGUUUUCGUUACCACCACCACCACCACCACCUUAUUUUUAAGAGUGCAGCAUUCUCCUCAAGUCCGGGCCCGCUUGCACGGGCGUUGAGGAAAUUCCUCAGUGCCGUUCUCAGUAACUUUGCCAGCGCUGCGCGCACGAACACUACCGAAGCUACUGAGUACACCGCCGAGUAAUCGCUUCAGCGUUCGUACAAGCGGGCUCAUGAGUGAUAGCGAUACCACUCCGUAUAGAGUUGAUGCCCAUGUGCGCCUUAUGUGGUGAAGUCGUACUUUAAAGCGUGCUCGAGAACAGGCUGGAGUCCAGUGGUCAAGGUGUGGAGAUCCCUUCCGUUCUCAACCAAUCAGCAACUGCACCUGCUUCCUUUCGUCGGCCGUUGGUACUGAUACGUUGUACGGUUGCGUUUGUACUCUGUCACUAAGUGUAAGUAUUAGCACACAUACACGCAUUGUAGGAUUAUGUGAAUGUAAACUGCUAAAAAUGAUAUUUAGAGAGAAUGAAACGACAGAACAGAGCAUCGACAAUGUGCAAAUUUUAGGAUGUCGUAGAGUACUAGGCCCUCAUUUCUUUCUUUCUUAUCACCCACGAUACGCGGGGCGCUGGGAAAGUUGUUUGGCAUACGAGAGCUUCAUGGCGCCACCUUGACCAUGUGUUCUGUUUUCGAAUGAUUCCGUCGGCAAUGUGAUUGUGUCAGUGUCCACUCCGGUGGCACGAGUCAAAAUUUAUCGGGACAGUGUGACUAAUUUCGAAUAUUGUACGCUUCGAGCAUUGAAUAUGUAUGACAAGUGACAAAAUUAUAUUGGAAUGUGAGAGCAUUGUACUCAAGAUAGCGUCCGGCCACAUAGAGGCAAAACAUAUCGGUCCAGUAUUGGGUCUGCAUUGUCGAUAUCCAGCCAUUAUUGGGCCGAGAUAUUGUGUUGCUUGAGGACACAUUGAGAUAAAACAUGAUCCCCACAGUCUAAACAGAAGUACAAAGUAUAGCAUGUUUAGCGCAAAUCAUUCCGCGGAAUGAAAUCGUUGUCCCUCUUACGUUUACCAAGAGAGCAGGUAUAACGACUUUCCGUGACCAUUAGCGUAAAUGCAAAGUGUUACAAAAAGGCGUUCGCCUCCCAUGUGUAACAAAUCGAAAGGGAAUGACUAGGAGCAUGCUAAGGUGAUGUUAGUGUUGUUUCUAGAAUGUUCUGAAUUGUUGUUGUUGAUUUUUUUAGAAUGUUCCGUUAGAAUGUUCUGAUGCAGAGCUAUCGAUUCACAAUGAAAUUGGGAAUAGGAAACCGUACUGAUCCCGAUACGAAAACCACUAUUUGCCGAUACCUUUAGCAGAAUCCAGGGCAACUGUUAUUUGAAAUAAGAGGGGGCGCAACAUGUUAUCUGCAGAUUUGCAUGACGCUUCAGGGUUAUCUUGCCGGUCACCGUAUUUUGCGUUCCCUCGAGAAGGUCCCAUUUCCAUUGCAUUCAAUUGGGAUCUCUUGUCACAUCAGCAAUAAUGUAGACUAAAGUAUGUAGUUUGUCUACCCGCUGUCCAUCAACGUAAAGACGGGAGAUGCCGUAUUAACUGGCAAUUAUGAUAAUUUGUAAUGAACUUCGUGGAAGCCUUGGAAUAUAGCUCAGUGGUCUUCAAACUCACUCCUAGCGAAAAAUCGUAAAUGAAUUGUUAUGCUUCGCAAAACUGAAGGAGUAACGUAAUUAACGAAUUAAUGUUCUUCGGUGGCGUCGCUGUCCUGAAAUUCAGCGUUAACUGAGGCAUCGCCGCGCUAGCAAAACGGUAUAUGAAUCAUUGCAUCGAACACCUGAGCACAGGUUAGUACUAAGAAAUAGAUGGAUCUGGUUUGAAAGGAGCAGUUUCAAAAGGUCCGGGAGCAUUUUGAGGUUUAUUUUAUAGGGUACGAAAAAUCCUCAUGUUAUUUCUUGUUCAAGCCUCCCCAAUAUAAAGUACGGGAUGUUUAAUGAAACUAGAAGAGUAAACCGGAAUCAAAACCGGAACCAAAAUCGGGGUUCGUGCCUCCUAACAGGAAAUUCCUGAGUUCCUGAGUUUUUUUCUUUUUAGCAAGCCGACGUCCCGUUUAUCUGACCUUUCCUCCCUUUUUUCCUCCUCUUUUCCUCCUUUUUUCCCCUUUGUUCUUAUGAAUAUAUCCCCCCCCCCCUGAGUUCGCUGCCUAUACACGACACCCCAAACAGCAAGCCUCUGUCACCACUUCCCUCUUCCGUAGAAAGUUGUGACGUCAUGCCACAUGGAACAUGGAAUAUUCCAUGUCCUCCGGUGCCGUUGUAUUUGUCAGUGGAAGCGUCCAAAGGCCUCAGUCAUACUUCCAUACAAAAAGUAGCGCACCAAAAAGAAAUCGGGCUUCGCACGAUAAAUAUAAUUACCACGAUGUUCUAAAUGAGCAGUAACGACAAGCAGUUAUAGGAAACUUUCCCAACACCAUUAAAAAGAAGGCAACUUGAUACACCUGAAGUGAGUCUACAUCGAUAGAGUUACUUGUGUCGUCCCUCUUAAUAGUAAAAGCUCUUGACAGCAUAGAAUUAUUUUCUUACUUUGUUCCCUUACGGCUACACUAUAUUCACAGCAUUAUGAUUUGCAUUGUAAGGUUCCAGAGAAAUUUUGAAUGCAAAUAAUGUGCCUGGACGCGUUGAGCUCUUAAGCGAGCACCAUCGUCAUCUCCAAUCUUGUCAAAGCUGCGUGUAUCACCGAAAUGGCGCCUUGAGAGUAACCAUAGCAAAUUAUCGCCGAAGAAAACCCGAGUCCGCCACAGGGGUCCCCGCGUUGUAUUCCCUUCUGUCCCCCCCGUUGUAUCCCCCGACAACAAUGGCGUCGUCAUUGCAUAUCCUACGCGCAAAAGACCGUCGCGAGGAACGAAUUAAUAUUUCUCCUUUCCAGCCACCCCUGAGCCCUGUACAUCGUUCAGUUCGUGGAUGAGACAAUACAUGUUCACGUUUUUGGAUUUAUACGUGCACAAGCAUGACGUGCAAGACAGGUGGAAAACGGGCUUGCGUGGUUUUAAUUAGAGAUGGGACAAAUCCAGAAUUUUCUGAAUCCGAAUCCGAAUCCAAGGAAGGUUCUGCGAACCCACGAAUCUCACGAAUCUCGAAUCUUUCGAAUCCUCUCUUUAAAAAAGAGUUUAAAAAGCCAGGGGAAAAGACACUUCUACUGAGAAGUGUUUUGAAUCAAAGUUUAAUAUAUUUGUUUAAUGAAAAACAAAUUAAAUUAUAGCUCACUUUAAGGAGGAAACAUACCCGUAUACUUCUUCCUAAAUGUAAUUUAUUUCGCAUGUUGUUCAUCGACUAUACAGGAUAUAUAAGGAACACUGAAGUCUGAAUUCUUUCCGUACAACUAAGAAACAAUCAAAAGCAAAACCAUGUUACUUUUAACCUUGUAAUGAGAGUUCCUGCUUGAACUCUUUCAGGCCGGAGUUAUGUAAAGAAACAGACAAGAAAACACCCCGUCGUCGGCCAAUCAGGCUUCCGGUGGACUUCGAAGGCGCCAAUUUGAAAGAAAAGAAACAAACAAACGCGAUUGGUGGAUUCGAAAAAUUCGAUUCGCCGUUUUGGGCACUGGGAUUCGGAUCCCCGAAUCUCGAAUCCCUGCCUAGGAUUCGAGGAUUCGGUUGGAUCAUCCCUAUUUUUAAUCUUAUAUUCGUCAUAUAAUCGCUCGUGCAACUUUCUUUUCAAACGCAUCUUGCAUAAAAGAAACAAAAAGAAACAGAAAGUAGUGUGUCGCCAUUCGCUUGCAUAUAGCGCCAGUGGAUUUGCUUAGACACCGGCAUCCGCUUUGACUUAUCGGAAACGCACAGUGUGACACGAAAUAGAUAGGGCGUUGAGAGAAAGACGUAUCUGCGCGUGAUCUUCUUCUUCAUUUCUUUCUUUGUUUUUUAAUCUGUUUCCUUUUAUUUACUUAUUUCAUUUCAUUAUUUCUCACUUCACAUUGCCCUGUGGACUGUCUCCACAAAACGUUCAAAAAUGAAAUCGGUGUCAUCGGAAUAGCACGCGGCAUCAUGCUUCAUGCUAUAAUGAUGUUUGCCACCGGAGUUGCAGAACGGUCCAAAGAGUCGGAUUAAACCGACGUUCGUCGAAGAAAUUGCUUCGCCCUAACCUUCUGCGUUCAUCUUCAUUAAGUUAUCAUCAGCGUGGCUCGAGAUUGUUUACAUACCUAACGCUGAUCACGUGGCAAUUUGUUGUCACGACCAAUCUGAACAAACUUCCACAACGAAUUGGAAAUACCUCGAACGCCCCAAAGAUCCCUCUUGUAAUGCGACUAACGAAGUUUGAUGUGCAUAUGGAAGGAAACUUUUUGCUUGCCUUUUUUUUAUUUUCAUUUAUUUUUUGUGCGUUUGCGUUGUCAAAACAAAGUCAUAAUCUCUUACAAGAUGGCUGCAAACCUCAGUCACUCACCGCGUCAAUCUGGGAUGAAGUUGCGGAAAUUUCUUUUAUAUUUGUAAUGGCAUUCCCAUUGUUCAUUAUUUUUUCAUGCGUGCUAAUGCAUUACUAAUGGCAUUUCUUUUAUCAAGUAACGGCAUAGCUUUGGCAUAAUGUUUUACCAGAAUUCUGUAGCACAGUGUGGCGUUCGAAGUGCUUAAUGUAACGUGAUAGCCUUUUACUUUGUUACACAGUGCCGGUGAUAGCAAUUCGAGUUUCUGCAAAACUGAUACAUACGAAUGAUUUCGUCGAGAAAUGAUAGUAGUACGCAUAAUCUAAAUGAGCAACCACAGAUAAGAUAAAUUGCAGCCUAUAGAAAGAUGUGGUGUUCAAUGACAGCACUUGGGCUCUGCCCUCUUUCUUUGUGCAAAGGUAACUGAAAAAAAAACAGCUUGGGAAUUUUCCUUGGCUGUAGCAGGCACAAUUCCUAACUGCUCGCUUUAAACAACGCCUCAAUUUUCAACCCAAAUAAUAAGUAAUGUCAUUACGCAUUUCCCGGCCAAAAUGUAAUGACGUUACAGUAAUCAGUACCUCUCCACAAAAUGUAAUGCAUUAUCAUUACUCAUUACCGAUAUGUAAUACACUACAGUACUCUGUAAUGCACUACUCCUCCCAUCUCUCUGACUUGAAUGAGUAUGACAGGUGGCGCCAUCUCUCGACUGCGAAAGAAAAAAAAAGAUAUCCCGUGUACAGCUCUCAGCGCCCAGCGUAUGGUCAUAUGUUACGCACGAACCUGUGUACAUUCUCUGUACCUGACUGUGGAGCACACACACACACACACGCACUUCGCUGCAAUGAUAUAUGCACCAUGUGGGACGUUUUUUGUAAUACUCAUGUAGGCCCGUGUGUUGUGCUCCUCUCUUGCCCUCGUAUUUGAGUCGGUUGUGCUACAUUGAGUAUCAUUUCCCGCUCGGAGAAUGGGGGGUCACUGUUGCAAUGGGGGAGUCUCCAAGGAGUUCACUGAGUGUGUAGAGGUUACCACUGCGAAUGUUUUUGUAUUUGAUCACACGUGGAACAUCGUAGGAGACAGUUCUAUGUAUUCCAUUAAUGUAAUGGUUUAUCGCUGUUCGUUACAACAUUCUGGAAUGUUUGCGUUAAAGCUAAACUUUGACAGGUUCAUUUUGUCUGAUGCUACGAUGUGGACACUGAGAUGCUUUUCAUUUAUAUUUCCUAUGCAGGGGUUCCUUGACGUUCAGAAUGGCGCAUGUUUUUUAUCGUUCGUUUCUCUUUCAACAAGAUAUGAAAACAUUUUUGAAAACCAUAUUAUGGGCGCCGUAGGCCCACAAGCUGACUUCAUAGUCACUCUAUAUCCACUCUGAAAACAGGACUUAAGCACAUCAUUCGGAAUGGUAGGAUAAUGUUAUGUGGUGAAGUUCUGCUUUUUACAGCCUUUACUAGAGCGCUGCAUGGGCCGCAUUCGUAGACUCGGGCCUGGCCUUCCUUUGAUUUACCCACACUCUUAAAAAUGAACUUCACCACAUAGCACGCUC